AUGCCUAAUUAUGUGAAGUUCUUGAAGGAUAUUUUGACAAAGAAGAGGAGGCUUGGUGAAAUUGAAACGGUUGCUUUGACUGAAGGUUGUAGUGCUAUUUUGAAGAAUAAAAUUCCUCCUAAGUUAAAAGAUCCAGGCAGUUUCACAAUUCCAAUUUCUAUUGGGGGACGAGAAGUUGGAAAGAUUGAAGACGUCCUAGUACAAGUUGACAAGUUCAUUUUUCCAGCAGAUUUUAUUAUUCUUGACUAUGAGGAAGAUAGGGAUGUACCGAUCAUUUUGGGGAGACCAUUUAUUGCCACCGAGAGGACGUUGAUAAAUGAUGAAAAAGGAGAGUUCACCAUUCAAGAUCAAGAUUAA